AUGUUUCUUAAAACGGUCGCGGCGACAAGUGUCGCUCUUCUUCUGUCCGGUACGGGUUCCUUGGGGGCUGUAGCGGUUCCAGACGUCUUGGACUUCCUGUCGCAAGCGACCGCCUACGUGGACGAUGUGGCGGGCGAUGCUGCGGAGGUUGCCAGCGGUGUAAACGCGGAACCCGCCUUGACGUUCAGCGUGGACCAACUUCAGAUCAUGUUUGAAGGGCUUCUCGACCAAGAGUUUCCCGAUGAGAUGGAAAAGAUGGCAGCGAAGCGAAUGAUCGAGGACGCUGCACACGACGCUGAUAGCAAUGACGCCGAUGGAGAAGAACUACUCAGCAGGUUGGCGGCUAAUAUUGCUAGUCUCGUUAACGACAACAUCGGGAAAUCCCUCGCUGGAGAAGUGGAGUCGGAAGGGGCGAAGGGUGGCAAAGGGCAAGGAGGAGUUGCACUGCUGCUGAAACAUAACAUGGCAAAGAAGCUGAGGCUGAUUAAGAUCCUGGAAACCUUCUGGCUCUUUGUGAGGAUGUCUAAGCAAUAUGUUCCCCCUUCUCCUACUACGACAUCAACCGUGAGGACAACUACGCGUAUGCCUCCCCACAAGGGCCAUCCCUAUCCUCCUCCGAGUCAUUCAUCAACUACAACAAAGGCUCCUGGACGUCCAUCGACGGGGCCGUCUCCGCCGGAGAACACGCCGACUCCCAGAGGCAACUCCGAGACAACCCUCUACUUGAAUGUGGCACCGUUAACUCUUUUGAACCGGAUAUGCCAAGGCCAGCGUGACGCAUGCGCCCAGGUCUUUGCAGAGUCACUUCACACAGCGAUAUAUGCGGAGACUCAAGAUCCAGAUUUCACCAAGGACCGCGUGAAGAUGGGCGCUGUUAACCCGCGAGGCUCCGGAGUAACACAAGUGGUGAUCAUCCUGCGUGACGGUGAUUUACGCUUCGCCAAGGUGCUUGAGAAGGUAAUGGCUGACGUCUCGAAGUGCGGCUCGGAUCCUUCCCUUCCCAUCUGUCAAACAAUGACUGGUGACACUCUUGCGAAGAACAACGUCAGUCCUACAGUCAGCAACAUGAGAGUGGUGCAGUGA